AUGUCUCUUCAAAACAACAAGGCCCUCCAAAUCCUCAACAAAGCAGCUGCCUCCAAAUAUGCCGUCCCAGGCAUGUGCUGCUACAACGUCGAAGGCAUCCUAGCCACCGUCCGCGCAGCCGAAUCCAAGCGGUCCCCCGCCAUGAUCCUCUUAUUCCCCUGGGCAAUCAACUACGCCAACGGGAUCCUCGUGCACGCCGCCGCGGAAGCAGCACGCACCGCCUCGGUCCCCGUAAGCGUCCACCUCGACCACGCCCAGACGCCGGAGAUAAUCCGCAAAGCCGCCGACCUAGGCGGCUUCGACAGCAUCAUGGUUGACAUGUCGCACUACGAGAAGGAAGAGAACCUGUCCCUAACCCGGGAACUGACGAAAUACUGCCACGAGCGCGGGAUCGCGACGGAGGCGGAACCGGGCCGCAUCGAGGGCGGGGAGGACGGGGUUGCCGACACGGCCGAUUUAGAAGGAUUACUGACGACGCCUGAGGAGAGUGUCGAGUUUGUUGAAACUGGGAUUAACUGGUUGGCACCUGCUUUUGGAAACGUGCAUGGUGAGUACGGGCCGAGGGGGAUUCAGCUCGAGUAUGAUCGGCUCGAGAGCAUUCGCAAGACGGUUGGUGAUAAGGUGCAGCUUGUGCUGCAUGGGGCGGAUCCGUUUACGGAGGAGAUAUUCCAUAAGUGCAUUGAGCAUGGGGUGUCCAAGGUUAAUCUGAAUAAGGUGUUGAAUAGAGAAUUUAUUGAAACUUGGAAGGAGAGGGCUGGUAAGGCGCCGUUGACGACUGUUAUUGAGGAGGCGACGGACGCUAUGCAGAGGGCGGUUGAGAAGAGUAUGGAUAUGCUAGGCUCUACUGGGAAGGCUGAUUUGUGA